AGAAGAAGAAUGAGCUGUUGUGUUGUCGGUUGUUGAUGUUGUAGAAGAGAAGUCAAUACAGGAUGGACAUGACUACAUGUUUAAAGUCUCUAUUGCUGGCUAUACAGCAGUACAGAGACAACAAGACAACGCAGAAUGCGUCUCAGCUUCAGAAACAAGUGGAGAAUGUCUCUAGGCUCAAAUGUGACCAGCUGCUGUCCUCGGGUCAAGUUCUGCCUGGUGACUGUGUGAGUGGGCUGGUGGAGCUGGCUGGAAACCCCAACACAAGCCCAACCCUGACAAGCUCCAUCAUCUCUCUGUUGACACAGCUCGCCUGUGAUGAUGGUGGUUGGGAGAUUCUUCACAGCAGCUACAACCUUACCAGCACCCUGGCAUCUGUCAUCCACUGCCAUAGUGCCACCCCAGGGGAGCCCCUGGUUCUGCAGUGUUUGCAGGUGCUUCAGAAACUUACGUACAGCACUCGAGUCCUCCAGUCUUCAAACUACAUCCAUGAGCUCAUCACUUUUCUUGUGACCAACAUCCAGUCUCAUAAUGAUGACAUCCUCAUGCCCUGCCUCAGCCUCAUGGCUAACCUGUGCCGUGACAACCACUCAGUGCAGAGUCACAUCAAGUCUCUGGAAAAUGUGAAGCAAUUUUACCGUACUUUGAUGAACUUCCUUGCUCACAACAGUCUGACUGUGGUGGUCUUCACGUUGUCCAUCCUGGCCAGCCUCACACUGAACGAGAAGGUCGGGGAAAAGCUCUUCGAUGCAAAGAACAUCUACCAGACUUUUCAGCUGGUGUUCAACAUCAUUGUGAAUGGUGAUGGUACUCUGACCAGAAAAUACUCUGUCGACCUCUUGGUUGACCUGCUGAAGAACCCAAAAAUAGCGGAUUACCUCACCAGGUAUGAGCACUUCUCAGCAUGUGUGUCUCAGGUGUUGGGACUGUUGCAGUCAAAAGAUCCAGACUCUGCUGCAAAGGUGUUGGAGCUCCUCCUGGCCAUGUGCAGCGUCUCCGGGCUGCGUUCACUUCUCUGUGAGGUCGUCUUCCGACCAGCGGGGCCCAAACUCAGAGCAGCAGGCCGCAGGCAGGGGGCAGGACCAGAUGGUGGGAUCGCCCUGGUGCAGUGGCUGAGCUCACCUGUGGAGGGCGCAGAGUCCUGCUCCCUGCAGGCUCUGCAGCUGCUGAAUGAGCUGCUGGAGGAAACGUUAGCAGCAGAAACUUUGUCUGAUUUUGUGCUGAGCUUCAUAGAAAUGUUACUUCCGGUCGUGUUGGCGCUCCUGAAGGGUCCUGAUCCAGCACGGGGAGAUGCUCACUUGAAAAAAUUCUGUCACCGCAUCAUACAUGUCACCAGCCUACUGCUGAUCCUCUGCACUGAGGACUCCACCAGAUCUUUAGUGUCCCGUCAGGUGAGUGCUCAGCUCUGCCUCUCACAGGUGGAGACUCUCCUCUCAUGCUGUCUUAACAGCCCGCUUACCCGCCUCCCUCACGGCUCUGACAAUUACCUUAGUCAGGUGUGUGCAGAAGCUCUGCUGAAGUCUCUGGAGUUGAUGAGUAAACUGAGGCAGCAGGUGAAGGACAUGGAGACCAGCUUCUACAGGAUGUUACAGGACCAGAGGAUUGUGACUCCCCUCUCCCUCGCUCUGACGUCCCACCACAGAGAGCGUGUGCAAACCGGACUCUCUCUGCUGUUUGAAGCCACGCCGCUGCCAGACUUCCCUUUAUUUAUUUUGGGAGAAAGCAUCGCCGCCAACAACGCCUAUCGUCAGAGGGAGUCUGAGCUGUCUGUCAAACGUGUAGCUGUGCAGGAAGUCCUGCCUCCUGGUAUUCUGGACUCCUCAAGUGGUUCAAGCAAGAGUGUGCACAGUCUGGCUGACAAGAUACAGACCGGAUUAGAGCUGCAGGACCAUGCCAAGAACUCCCACGUGUCUGAGAUCAUCGAUGUUUAUGAGCAGAAGCUGUCAGUGUUUGCGUCAAAGGAGAGCGGACUACAGGGCUUGUUGGAGGCAAAGGCACUGGCUCUCUCUAAGGCCGACCGUCUCAUCGCUCAGUAUCGCUUCCAGCAAGCUCAAGCUGAAGCCGAGGCCUGUAAGCUCGGCUUUCUGCUGAAGGAGGCAGAGCGGCGUUGUGAGGAUCUGCAGGUGGAGCUGAGUAACCAGGAGCAGGAGAUGGAGCGCUCAAUGGCUGACAUGGAGGAGCUGCUGCAGCACAAUGCCAGGCUGCAGCGGGAUUCAGAGGAACACCAGGCCCUCAAAGGAGCCUACAAUACCCUACUCAACAGGUUCAAUGAAAGCGAGCGGCUCUUCAAGGAGCUGCAGACAUCUCACAACUCACUCACCAAACAGAACGACGCUCUCAGGAAGAACCACGAGAAGAUUGUGUCGGUGUUGGCUGAGCGAGAGGAGGAGAUCAAAUCCCUCAACUCAGAUCUGAAGCAGAAGAAUAGUGACAUCGCAGGUUUGCGUAGUGAGCUGCACUCAACGGAGGAGAAAGUGAAGGCGAAGGAUCAGGAGAGGAGAGACCUGGAGGAGACGGUUGAUGUUCUGAGGAAGGAACUCAACAAGACAGAGCAGGCCAGAAAGGACGCCAGUAUUAAGGCAUCAUCUCUGGAGCUUCAAAAGAGCCAGCUGGAGUCAAAGCUGAAGCAGAAAGAGGAUGAGCUGAACAAACACUCGGCCAUGAUCUCCAUGAUUCACAGCCUGAGCAGCGGAAAAAUGAAGAGUGACGUCAACCUGUCGCUCUGAGGGACAGAUGCAUGUGCAGAUGAGUGGCCCAGCCAUAAGAUAGAUUUUUUAAAAAAUUUUACCAUGAUCUUUUUAAAACUAAAUGAACUUUCAAUGGAAUGUAGUAGUAAAAUGUGUAUUUAUAAGACAUAAAAUGUUUGUUUGUCCUGUUUGUCUCUUUUUUUUUAAUCCGUGUUAAAUAAAUGAUGGAUCUUUAUGUGUUGUGGAUUUCUAUGUCCAAAUAAAAAUCUUUUACGUG